CAAAAAGUAUAUGAUCUUCAUCAGAAAAAGAGCAGUUAAGGCACGGCAACUGAUAACGGGUCCUGUCAGGUCAACAGAGAGCUGAACCUUUUGUACUUUUACAUAAAGUAGCAGGGCUGUUUUGGAAGAGGUUCGAUGUCCUGGAGAUCAGCUACCUCGAACUUUCAACAAAACAGUCAUCUUUUGCGUUAGUUUGCUUGCUUAUCACCAAGUUUCGAAAUCAUGAGAAGGACAGUGGUGUGCAGUGGUUCCCUGCUCAGACAGGUAGCCCGAUCAGUGGGUACAGGUGGGCUCAGCAGCAUCGACUCUCAACUCUCCUCGCCGUGGUGGUGUUCCAGGUUCGCUCGCGCCAUGUCCUCGCUCUCCGUCCCACCUCCAGCUGUGCUGCAGCAGCCGCUGAACCUCCCCGAGAGGCUGCUUCUCGGGCCGGGACCCACCAACGUUCCACCCCGCAUCAUGAGCGCAGGGGGCCGCCAGGUGCUCGGACACAUGCACAAGGAGGUGUUCCAGCUUAUGGAUGAGAUUAAACAAGGUAUCCAGUAUGCCUUCCAAACUAAAAAUGAGCUUACUCUGGCAAUCAGUGGCUCAGGGCAUUGUGCAAUGGAAGCAGCCUUCUUUAAUGCAGUAGAGCACGGUGAAAAAGUGCUGAUUUGUGUCAACGGAAUUUGGGGUGAACGAGCGGCAGACAUAUGUGAGCGAAUAGGUGCUCAGGUUUACAGGUUAAUCAAACCACCUGGGGAACAUUUCACAUUAAAAGAACUGGAAAAGGGCCUUGAAGAUCACAAGCCUGUCCUACUUUUUGUCACUCAUGGAGAAUCUUCCUCAGGGUUGGUACACCCUCUAGAUGGUGUAGGAGAGCUCUGUCACAGAUACAACUGCUUGUUAUUAGUGGACUCUGUAGCUUCCCUGGGAGGUGCACCCUUGUAUAUGGACAAGCAGGGUAUUGACAUCCUGUACUCUGGAUCUCAGAAAGUUCUCAAUGCACCACCUGGAACUGCUCCCAUUUCUUUCAGUGAAAGAGCUAGGAAUAAGAUUUUCAGCAGGAAAACAAAAGUUCCCUCACUUUACCUGGAUAUGGCCUGGCUUGCAAACUAUUGGGGUUGUGAUGGAAAGCCAAGAAUCUAUCAUCACACAGGCCCAGUGAUUGGCUUUUACACUCUCAGGGAAAGUCUGGCUAUCUUAUGUGAAAAGGGGCUAGAGCACUACUGGAAAAUGCAUCAGGAGCACACCCUUUACCUGCAUGAAGGGCUGGAGAAACUUGGACUGAAACUCUUCGUGAAAGACAAGAAUUUGAGGCUUCCUACAGUCACAACGGUCGCUGUGCCUGAUGGCUAUGAUUGGAAGGACAUCACAGAAUAUGUCAUGAAGCAUCAUGGUAUUGAGAUAACUGGUGGACUGGGACCUUCUGUUGGUAAAGUGUUAAGGAUUGGACUGAUGGGUUAUAAUUCCACCAAGAACAAUGUGGAACGUGUUUUAACCGCAGUAAAGGAUGCUCUGCAGCAUUGUAAGAAGAAUAAGAUGUGAGGAAGAUGUCGACAAGAACUGUUAUUUAAGAAUGUAACAAUCUUCCUUCCACAGCAAAUACAUAUGAACAAACAAAAGGAUGUUCUUUUUUUAAACAAACAAAAUAAAUGUAAUACUGUAAAAUAAA